UAGGUACUAACCAAUAUUAACAAUAUUAGUUGUUGUAAUAAUUAUUUGUUUUUUUCAUAAUAUAUAAUAUAAUAUGCUUAUUAUUCUUAUAAAAGAAAGAUAGUAAAAUAAAUAGGUACUUGAGUACUUCUAAUUUCUGAAUAACUAAUAGAAAAACAAAUAUUUUAUUUUAAAAUAGCAACCAUAGUUUUUAAUUUGCUAUUUAGUAUUUUAGUUUAAAGGUGCGAUGAAUAGUUUACAUUUUGGAGAGUGCCUUAAACUGUUGUAUGAUGCCCAUCCACCUUGGAUCAGUGGUUCGCCGAGGUCGACGGUUCAUUGUAUUUAAUACCUAUCUACUACCUACUUUUAUUAAACCAUGACAUUUUUUUAAAUGUAAACACUAAUUUUUAUAGGGCAGAAUAUUUUCCUGAGAAUUUUACGAUUAAAAAAUCGAGUUUCAAGCGACUAGUUAAUUAGUUAUAACUUAUAAGACGUGUUUAAAGUAAGACUAGCGAUGUGUGGAGUAGAGUUCCGAAGGGGUACUCCACAAAUGUUGGUCCUACUACUCCUCCCAUCUUAACUUUAAAUAAUAUUAUAACUUAUAACUAAUUAACUAGUUUUUCGAAAUAUGAUUGUUAUGCAUUGGAAUUCUCAGGAUAAAAUGCUGCUAUGGAAUAUUAAAUUAAAAUGUAUGAUGUCACUGAUAAAAGUAAAAACUUAUUUAUUUUAUGAAUUUUGCGGAUUUUUAGCUGUGUAUAUCUAUUAAUUAUUGUAUAUCUGCCAUCGCCAUGUUUUCAUGUUUACACAACUUGACAUUUUUCUUAUGGUCAUUUAAAAUCAAUGCUGUGUAUAAAGUAAAAAUAAUGCAAACGAAGAACGCCUUAGAUCAAUUAAACGUUAUUUUUUCUUAAUUUUGUUAUAAUAUUAUUAUAUUAACACCAUUACGUACCUAUAUUGCCUAUACUUAACGCCGUUCAACUUAUCAGUUAGAAUUCUGAACAUUUAAGAUAACGGAAUGGGUUCUAGAGAAACUGGAAUUGAAGCAUACCAAAAAGUAGAGCGUGACAUCUCUAGAGAAGAACAAGCUGCGCCGGCUCCAUCUUUAGGUCACGAGAUGGCAAAACUGGAUCGUUUUAUCACAGAUAUAGAAAAUCUUAUGAGUCAGCUCAGUCAAGAACGUAUAGCGGAUGUUGAAUUAACAUCUAACGACCGAUUUUCCCAAAGAUAUUUCAAUUCAAGAAUUGUAGAUGAAAGCGACAAUGCAAUUAGGACAGUCAUGGCAGAAUUACGAGUAAAUUUGAAUCAAAUACUUGCGAUAGAACACGAAGAAUUCAUUGCAAAUCUUAAUCGAAAAUCUUUAAAACUUCACCAUUUAAAUUGGUUAAGUCAAAUGAGAGCUAGAAGUGAAGAAGAAAUAUCAAAACUUAGUGUAAGAGUACAACAUUUACAGAAACUUUAUGAAAGCCAAGAACUAAUUAUAAGAAAUUUAGUGGGGAGUAAAUCAUCAAAUACCGGGCAAUUGGAACGAGAAUUGGACAGGGUUCGCAGUUAUCGAGACACGUUAGUUAGUGGUGAAUUGUCGUGGAAAGACGCCACGUUAUUCGCCCAAGACUCGGCGGAUUAUAGUCGUACGGCAUAUAAAAGUUGGCAUUCACUGCGGACCGAAGAGGACGAAUCUAUAAGAUUUCGUCAAGCAUUGAAAACUAGGGACUCGAUGCACCAAGCUGCUCUAUGCGUUCGGAUGGCACAGACCAUGUUGCCCGGUGUUCAAUUUCCGUAUUGUACUUCAAGAGAAGUAUUUGCUAUUUUACAAGUGAUCGAAUACUUGUUUACUGAUUUACAAGUUUCUGAAAGGUUUGGUCAUGCUCUUGAAGUUUAUAAAAGCUUCAACAAAAGAGCGACGGCAUUGACUCAGUGGCUAAAACAGACUACAGAUGAAACUAUACAUAAAGAUGUAGAAGAAGUGGACGAACGUAUCAAUGAUUUGGCAAACACACUGAGUCAAGAAAGAACAAUGAACAGGACAGAGUUUCGGGAGACCAAUUCAGAACGGUACAACAUACUAGGAUCUCACCAACACAUUGUUACCAAAUGGCUGGGCAAUACCAUAGGACCUAAAAAAGAAUAUAUUGAGCUGCAUUCAAGAUUUCGUUUAUAACUUACUAUACAUAUAUAUAUAUAUAUAUAUAUAUAGUGAAAAAUGUUUCAAAAUUAUAAAUACUAUGUUUUUCCUUGUAUUUUUGUGUUAUUUAAGCGAAAUUCACCCUGUUCCUGUGUAUUUUAAAAUUAGUUUAAACUUAUACAAAACAAAAAUAAAAAUGUAUAAUUGUCAUUAUAUAGGUACCAUUAUAGUGAUUACAAUUAACGUGCUCGCCUGCCAAACCUGGAAGAUCAGUGUCAGUUACUAUAGAAACCGAAUAAUAUUUUAAACAAUACAUAGUAAGUAUCUACUGUAAAAAUGAAAAAUAAAUGUGUUUAAAUAAAAUAAAUAGAAACGUUUUCUGGUUUAUUAUUA